AUGUUUCCUAAUUUGCCUAUGUUUAAGAGAACAGAUGAACUAGUUGACGGUCCAAACGCGGCCCACCACAGCUCGUCCGUUCUAGAAAGAUGGGACGAGAGAUUAGACGAUAUCUUCAAUGGCCGCCCUUACGAUAUGCUCGACGCUGCACUUACUGAUACCGUCCACAACUUCCCUUUAGACAUUAAGCCAUUCAAGGACAUGAUAGAAGGGAUGAGAAUGGACACGAGAAAGAAUCGAUACGCAAACUUUGAAGAGCUUUAUUUGUACUGCUACUAUGUGGCUGGAACUGUUGGCCUAAUGAGUGUUCCUGUAAUGGGAAUUGCACCCGAAUCGUCGGUUUCAGCUCAAACGAUAUACGAUUCAGCGCUUUAUCUAGGAAUCGGAAAUCAAUUGACGAACAUUCUAAGAGAUGUUGGUGAAGAUGCAUCAAGAGGGAGAGUAUACCUGCCGCAAGACGAACUGACGAAAUUCGGGCUGUGCGAUAAAGACGUGUUCUCAAGGAAAGUGAGUAAUGAUUGGAGAGAAUUUAUGAAAGAGCAGAUUAGAAGAGCACGGUUCUAUUUUGAUCUCGCCGAACAAGGGGCGACUCAGCUUCACAAAGCUAGCCGUUGGCCGGUAUGGUCAUCGUUGAUGUUGUACAGAAUGAUCCUGGAUUCGAUCGAAAGCAACGACUACGAUAACUUGACGAAGAGGGCGUACGUUGGAAGAACCAAGAAACUCAUGGCGUUGCCCGUUGCAUACACUAGAUCCCUAUCAAAUCCGACU